UUCAAUGACACAUCUGCUCACUCGAGUCGAAGCCGGUGUUCUGACAGGAUCUUGCUUCGCAUGAAUGUCGGUAUGUCACCCUGUGAACUAAAGAUAAAUCUUUCAGAAAAAUAUACCAAGUUAAAGGAUUUAGUCAGAACUACGAGUUAACACGCGAUAUUCACCUUACACGACGAUUAUAUAACAAAGCUUUUCUGAGGUAACGUUACAUAUGAGAACCGCGGUUUUGUGUUGGUCAUUCAGAGACGAAAUGGAUUGUUUUCACUGUAAUAACUGUUUUCUGAGAGGAGGAAAAACAUUUGUAGUGUCCAGCUGUGCUCAUAUAUUUUGUCAGGACUGCAUAAAUACAAAGUUUAGUGGUCAGUGCAGAGUGUGUCAUGUCAACUGUAACUAUCUGAUAAUAUCUGAUCAGAUGAAACCUCAGGAAAAGAUGUUUUUCACAGAUCCGGUGAAACUCCUGCAGACUCGACUGGAACAUAUUUCACAGGUUGCUGUUUUUCAGAAAAGGCAGAAGGAACGUGUCAUGGCUUUCUAUAGAAGCAAGUCUGUGGAGCUGGAGCGAAGGCUUAAAGAAGUCAAUGAUCAGCUCUACAGGCAAGUGUCUGAGCUGAAAAGAGAGAAUGAAGAGCUCAAGAAACCUCUUUCUCAAAGGAGGACGUCUCCUGGAAGGUUUCAGAUUAAUGGAGGUACUCCAAGGAUGACUCUUCCUGUGGCUGUGACAUCACCAGUCACACCGCGCUCUAGAGCUCUCAGUUCUGGAGACACUUUGGAGAGAUUUAGACAUUCCAGACUUGGCAUGACAACUCCCACAGGUUCAUCCAUCUCUACGUCAAACAUGAGUUCAAUACAUGAACAGACUGUCAGGACACCCGGCUCAGUUCACACCCCCACAAGGUCCCAACAUACAACUCCAAACAACUUUCAGUUCCAGUUUUUGACUAGACCUUCACUCCAGUCUCCACGGCCAUAAAACACUUAUUUGUAUCUUCGUAUUAGAAAAUCAUUACAUUAAUAUAUAGCCGUUCAAUUAUUUACUUACAGUUAAAAAAUGUAACUUACAGUCAAAAGUGGAUAUUGAAUUGCAAAUAAGAGAAAAAUUAUUUGCUAGUAUUAUAAAUAUAAAUUUACAUUCUCGUGCCGCAGUUACAGUAUGGAUAUGAAAAAGUUAUGAGAUCUAAUGUAAGUGAGUUUCAUUCACGUUUAUUUUCAAACAAAAGAGAAAAAACAUUGUGAACAGAAAGAUGAAGAGCAAUGGUGUCUUGACAAAUAAACUUUUUAUCAUUUA